AAACCCUUCCUUUGGACGGCAAUUCGUUCCUUAUCCCCUUCCUCAUUCUCUCCGCCAAGAGGCCCGAUGGCGCUCCGGUCCUUUUCGCCCGCUGCUUCCGCCCGAUCCGUCAAUCCAAGCCUCACUGCUGCUAGUCUUCUCCCAUCAAGAACCGGCUCCAUCAUCAGAGCACCAGGAAAUAUCCAUGGUGGUAAUAUUUCUUUGGGUAAACACAUGUCCUCAUUGAGCUCAUCUUCAAAUUACGUAAGACUACAGGAGGGAGUAAAUGCAUUCUUUAGUAGUCUUUUGGUAUCUAGAAACUCUAAGAGAAGGGCAAGAGUCAUAAGGUGUGCAACCAUUGAAGAAAUUGAAGCUGAGAAAUCUGUGAUCGAGAAGGAUGCUAAAGAAAGGAUGGAAAAGACCAUUGAAACAGUUCGAGCAAGUUUCAAUGCAGUGAGGACAGGGAGAGCAAAUCCUUCCAUGCUUGAUCGAGUUGAGGUUGAGUAUUAUGGAAGUCCUGUCAGCUUGAAGAGCAUUGCACAAAUCAGCACACCAGAUGGGAGCACUCUUCUGGUUCAGCCAUAUGACAAAUCUAGCUUAAAAGCUGUUGAGAAGGCAAUAGUAAGUUCUGACAUUGGGUUGACGCCAAACAAUGAUGGAGAAGUGAUACGACUAAGCAUCCCUCAACUAACGUCUGAGCGUAGGAAGGAGUUAUCAAAAGUUGUUGCUAAACUGACCGAGGAAGGAAAGGUAGCUGUAAGGAAUAUACGGAGAGAUGCAAUUAAAGCCUACGAGAAACUUGAGAAAGAGAAAAAACUCUCUGAAGAUAUUGUUAAAGAUUUAUCAAGCGAUCUCCAGAAAGUGACUGAUGAGUACAUGAAGAAGAUUGAGACCAUUCAAAAACAAAAGGAAAAGGAACUGCUAUCUGUAUAACUCUACACGAAGCAUGCGCAGCGGAUAAUGCCAUUUGUUAGCAAUCUGAUCAUGGUAAUGGUAGGAAGUGAACACCUGCAUCCGAAUGGAUUCUGGUGAGGACCAAAGUCGGCUGCUAAAAGUUGCUGCAGUGGAUCACCGUAAACGAUGUCUCUGUUCUUAUCAUCUUUCUUGAACAACUCAUACUCCAAAUAUUGUUACCAUGAAAGAGCUUAUCCAUUGUGAUUGUGCUAUGGUGCUCGUGUUCUGUAGAUGUUGUAAGCUGCCACCCAAAUCGAUUUGUCGAAAGUUAGAUUUUGGUUC